GUGAGUUGGCUUAAUUCCACUAAUGCCAAAGAAAUUGGAACACUUUACCUAAUUUUCUCAGUAUUUGCUGGUAUGAUUGGUACUGCUUUUUCAGUCUUAAUAAGAUUGGAACUUGCAGCUCCUGGUGUUCAAUUUUUACAAGGAGAUCAUCAAUUAUUUAAUGUAAUUAUAUCUGCUCACGCAUUUAUUAUGAUUUUCUUUAUGGUUAUGCCUGGAUUAGUAGGAGGAUUUGGUAAUUAUUUCUUACCUAUCCACUGCGGAGCUCCUGAUAUGGCAUUUCCUAGAUUAAAUAAUAUCUCCUUCUGGUUAUUACCUCCUUCAUUAAUUUUAUUACUAGUAAGUUCAUUAGUAGAAAAUGGAGCUGGAACAGGAUGGACAGUUUAUCCUCCUUUAGCUAGUGUUCAAUCUCACUCUGGUGGUUCUGUUGAUUUAGCAAUCUUCAGUCUACACUUAGCAGGUAUUUCAUCUUUAUUAGGAGCUAUUAAUUUUAUAACUACUACUUUAAAUAUGAGAACUAAUGGAAUGUCUCUACAUAAAUUACCUUUAUUUGUAUGGGCUAUUUUCAUUACUGCUAUUUUAUUAUUAUUAUCUUUACCUGUAUUAGCUGGUGCAAUCACUAUGCUUUUAACAGAUAGAAACUUUAAUACUAGUUUCUAUGACCCUGCUGGGGGUGGAGAUCCUAUUUUAUACCAACACCUUUUUUGGUUCUUUGGUCACCCAGAAGUAUAUAUUUUAAUUAUACCUGGUUUUGGUAUAGUUAGUCAUAUUGUAUCUACAUUCUCAGGAAAACCUAUUUUUGGAUAUAUCGGAAUGGUCUAUGCAAUGUUCUCUAUCGGAAUUUUAGGUUUCUUAGUAUGGAGUCACCACAUGUUCAGUGUAGGUUUAGAUGUAGAUACAAGAGCUUAUUUUACAGCUGCUACAAUGGUUAUUGCUGUUCCAACAGGAAUUAAAAUCUUUUCUUGGCUAGCAACUUUAUAUGGUGGAAGUUUAAGAUAUAAUACUCCUUUAGUUUUCACUUUAGGAUUCUUAGCUCUUUUCACUAUAGGUGGGGUAACCGGAGUAGUAUUAUCUAAUGCAAGUUUAGAUGUAGCAUUCCACGAUACAUAUUACGUAGUCGCUCAUUUCCACUAUGUAUUAUCAAUGGGAGCUGUUUUUGCUUUAUUUGCCGGAUUCUAUUAUUGGACUCCUAAAAUUGUAGGUAGAACUGUUAACGAUUUCUUAGGUAAAGUACAUUUCUGGACUUUAUUCGUGGGAGUUAAUUUAACAUUCUUCCCUCAACAUUUCUUAGGUUUAUCUGGUAUGCCUAGAAGAAUACCUGAUUAUCCAGAUGCAUUUAGUGGAUGGAAUGCUAUUUCUAGUUUUGGGUCAUUAGUUUCUGUAGCAGCAACUGUAUUAUUCGGUUAUAUUAUUUAUGAUAUUUUCGCUAAUCAACCUGCUUGCUCUAAUAACCCUUGGGCAUUCACUCCUUAUUUCUCAAAUGUAAAUAAUAGUGAAACUCAAACAGUAAAUACAUUAGAAUGGACAUUAGCUAGUCCUAUACCAUUCCAUGCAUUUAAAAUGUUACCUGUUCAAUCUUAA